CACAAUCCGAACUGAGAGCAGCAGCUGAGGUAAAAACCGAGGAAGUGGAUCAACAACAUCACGCCUGCAGUUGAAUGAAGUGGAGGGAGAGAUGGAAAGCACAGAGUUUGAGGAUAUUUUGGACGACUGGUUUAUCGAGUCCCUGAAAACGUAUAAAGAUCUUCAUGUGUAUCAGCUGGAACAUCCCACCCAGGUCAUUGAGUGGACAUCGAAGAAGACUGUGUGUGUCGCCGGCUUCAGUUCAUCCAGAAAUGAGAUUCUGGAGCUCCGUUUGCCUCUGAAACUUUUCGCUGAUGAAAAUAAGGGUCUCUGCGCAGAACGGGAUUUCAAAGUUGUCCGCGGUGGCUUUGCGGACGGCCCCGUUUGCUGCCUCAGACACAUCCCAGGAACCAGGUGUGCUGUGACCAAUGAUGGGCGGAGCUCCGACCUGCAGGUGUGGGACCUGGGAGGGGACGACAGCAAUGUGAUCAAGAAAGUGGAGACCAUCGCUGGCGGGGGGAAGGGCUCAGAGACGGGCAGCCGGAUAGCAGCUCGACCCUGGCCGGAGCCGCAGGUCCUCCAUGGAGCUCGGAGCGGCGAUGUCCAGCUGACGCAGCUCACAUCUGGACAGACGCUGUAUAAACUGGAGGCCGACUCAGCCGACCCCCUGAGCUCUUUACAGUUUGUGGACGACGCGGUUUUCGUGGCCGGCUGCCUCAACGGCAGCGCGUACGUCGCAGACACGCGGACGGCCGGAGCCCCUCAGCUCUCCCCCCCGCCAGAGCCUCCAGGCCCAUCGGGCCUCUGGUGGACAGACGCCUCCGCCGGCCAGCAGCGGUCCGGCUGCAGGCUGGUCAGGCUGUCCUCGUGCGGGCAGGCAGUGAUUUCAGACACGAGGAAUCUGGGAGAGGCCGUGAGUCGGGCUCAGCUGGACGUCCAAACGCAUCAGCCCAGACCGCAUGACGUCAGAGUGUCGUGGGCCCCGGCGCUGGCGGACUGCGUCUCAGUAUCAGGGUUCGGUGGAGCCGUUCAGAUCUACGACACGUCUGCCUGGACCUCGGAGCGGCUGGACGCUCAGCCGCUGUUCCAGCAUCGCGGACACGCCGUCUCGUCUCGGCCGGACGACGGCUGCCCCCCCGCCACCGUCACCUCCCACGUCUGGCACCCCGAGUGGCGCCGGACGCUGCUGUCCGCAGCCUCCGACGGCUCCCUUCACGUCUGGGACUGGGUCCACCCAGAGGGAGCGGCCGCCCUCCGUCCCACACCGGACGCAAAGUGAAGUGAGUUCAGAGUUUAGAGUCUGGUCACACAAUGUCAGAGGCUCCGACACACAACCCGGGGCUGAGCGACAAAAUGAACGUCUGGUGGGUCUAAACUGUCUGCAUCUUCAAGAGGCGAUUUGACACGAAUAUAAUUGUGGGGAGGAAAAGAGCGACUAGAUCAAAACGUGGAGGCAGAACAUUGCUUUUGUAAAUGGAAAAUAAAUUACAGUUGGAUCGAAUUGAAAACCGCUCUCAUUUGAAUACAGAUGAAUGCAACACCGACAGGUCGAGAUCGUGACACGACCUGUGGCUUAAGUUUCUGUACAGACGUUCUACACAGAGAGAGCGUGUUGCAGCAAGAGCAGCUCUGAUGUUUGGUCAGUGGCUACAGGAUGCGGGCAGGGACAAAAAGACUCUGAAAAGGACUGAAUAGUUUUAGCUGUAACCCUAAGAGUUGCAGACUAGAUUAAAUCCACACUCCUGUUUACGUUUGACUGACUGAUCAGAGAAGCAGAUUAGAUGCAGACAGAUUUUUUCUUUUGCAAUGAUGGUAUGGAAUAAAAGACGCUGUUUACAUAUCCUCUGAGUAGCAGCAGAAAAGAAACCGCCCCUCCUUUAUCAAAAACUAACACCAUCAUCGACCAUCCUCAGUUACUUUUAGACCUUUUUAUAAUCCCCAGCCUUUUUUUUUUUUUCCUCCAACACCCGGCAAAAGAUCAAGUCACUUUGGAACAAACUUGAGUGAUGUUGGCUUUCUUUUUCUCCUUUUGAUCGGAGAUUGUGGUAAACGUCCGUUUCCAGGGUGAUGGAGAGGAAAACCUGAGGCCUCCUGCCACCUACAAUAUAAAAAUGUGCCGGUAAAGGUAAAACGUCUGUGGCAAAGUGCAGAAGAUCGACCGUGUGGCCGCGACUCAAAUCCAAAUCCCACACAGCCCGUCUGCAGAGAAAUACCGUCGGAAUG